AUUUGAUAUCGUAAGGUUGGCGGUAUGAAUGAACGCCAAAGCCAAAAUGUUAAAAGAAAAAAGUAAUGUAUGAAGUAGGUAUGGACAUGGACGAAGCUCAAGUUUAUACAAAAUAACAAAAAUUUUCGUGACUCAUGUCCCAAUGAUACGCCUUUGAGUUGGAACAAUGUCCAGAAAUAUUGUUUUCGAAGGAUGGCUGACUAAAUCUCCACCAACGAAACGUAUAUGGAGAACGAAAUGGCGAAGAAGGUGGUUUGCCUUGCGGCAGUCGGGGGAGCUCCCAGGGCAAUAUUUUCUAGAUUAUUACGCAGACCGGAAUCGCAGGCGGCUCAAGGGCACUAUCAACCUAGAUUUGUGUGAACAGGUUGAUGCUGGCUUGCACAUGGAACGCACUGGGAAUGGUCCUUUAGAUCCCAAACACAGGGGGUCCGUGUUUACCAUCCAGACCCAAUCCCGGACUUACCACCUUGAAGCAGAUUGUGAAGCGGACAUGGAGAAGUGGGUGGAUGCCAUCUGCAGGGUCUGCGGACUGAGGGCCACGGAUGACUCACCUGGUGCCAUAGGCACGUAUCAGAAUAACUGUAGCGGCAUGACGGCGAUGAAUGAUCAAUACGACUGCACUGGUCCCUACAUACCUAUAUCGGAAUGCAUCACAGGCGUGAGAGCUCAGGAUUCGCGUAGAGCGUUCACGUUCGAUCCGCAAAAUAUAGUUACGAGCAGUCGGAAACCGUUCGACAAAGUGUCCGAGAACAGAGGCCACCACAUGUACACGAGUCAGCCACAGAUACGCGUCAAUAACGCGGAGUUUUCCGAAAACGACUCCGCGAUGAGCGAUGAUGAGUGCAAGUCAUUGAACGCUAGUCAGUCUAAUAUACGUGAUUGGGCGGUUGAGAAAUCAUUUACCAAGUUAGCAAUAAGCCCCAAAAGAAAUGGAUUAUCUGCAGAUGGGCCCCCAGUACCCCCAAGACCUCCAAAAACAUUGCCCCAAAGAGAUGUGAUAAUACACCAAGGACCAAAAAUUCAGGAGCCUAUUGAAGUACAAGAUAAUGUUUCGCCUUGGAUGCGUAGUCCACGGCGUAUGUCCCACGGUGGCACACUGUCACUCUCGACUCGAUCGCACCUCACGCCGACUCCCUGUCUGAGGGUCACUGAUGACGACGAUGAUUUAUCGCCAGGGCACCUGUCGAUGCAGUAUUGCAAUUUAUCGUCGUUGCCGCCCGCCGUGGACCGCGCUCUCAAACCGAGACAUUCCAGUUACAGCAUAGGCCACAUAAACCAUCUUAGUGGACAGGUGUUAUCGAUAAGCCCACACAAUGAAGUGAAGUCUGACAACAACCUCCAAUACCUGGAUUUGGACUUGCACAUAUCGAAACCGACGCCAACUAAGUCCCAAGAACCCAACCCGGUGAACAGCGUGGACGUUUGCGGUGUUCACAUCAAGUCGCUCUCUGCCGUCGACGCAGACUCCGCUUACAAAACCGUUGAUUUCCUCAAAACAGAGGCCUUCAACAUCACCCGACAGGACGCAGAAGCUUCUAGGAACAAUCAUUUCUGAAAAAGAACCAGAUUUUGAAUGAAUAAAUUUUAUUAAGAAAAUUAAAAAAAUUUAUUCAUUCAAAUGACAUGGUAUUUUGUGAAUUUCUAUCAAGGCUCAAGACUAUGUCUGUUAAAAUUGUUGUGCUACAAACUGUUGAGGUUAAAAAUUGUGUUUAAUCAUUAUAACCUUUGGAUUACCAAAUUGAGUGUUUUGAGGCGGUUUCUUGAACCACGAUUUUUAGAUUUAAAGUGAUUUCCAUAUUUUUAAGAAGCAAGUGAAAAUUUUUGUCUAUAUUUAGAUCUGGUGAUGAAUAAAAAACAAACCAUGCGAGAAAUUAAUAAACAAUAAAUUGGUGAACAACAUUUAGAACACAUUGUAAUAAUAUAUGAUUGGCUUGUGUCUUCACUUCAAUCAAAUUAAAAGUAUUAUAGGGUCAUUUAAAUUUGUAGUUAAUUAUAUAGCUGACAAUAUUCAUCUCACAAUAUAAUAAUCAAUAGGAUUCCGCAUAACGAAUGUAAACAUGAUACCUUCAAAUGUUACCAGUGUAUAAAAGGUAAAAGAUAUAUCCACAUAACUUAAAUCCAUGACUUGUUGUUUCUAAUAAUUAGCAUUUGCUCAUGCACAAAAUAUAGUGUGUUGUAGUGAAAUUAUUGCGACUGGCUUUUGAUACAAAUAUGUAAAAUAUAAAUUCCAUGUAUGAAUGGUGUACGAGUGCCUUUAUUAUUGUAUCGGAUUGAAUAAAGCUAUUAUGAACUAUGAUAAUUAUGCAUGUAUGCGAAUGUAUAUGUACCUAUAUUUUUAUCUCUGACGUAAAGAAAAGGUUUUUAAUAAAUGCUAUUUCCAUAUAACUGUUGAAUCCUGAUACAAAUAUGUAUUUCCAACUCUUGCGAGAUGUUUCAAUAAUUCAUUUAUUCAUUGCAUACAUGUAAUGCAUUAGGGUGGCUCAACGGAGUAAAUGUAGAGGUAGGGUAUGGCGGUAUAUCUAAAAUAAAAUAUUUUGCAAUAUUAACGUCUUAAUACAUAUUGUACACGUAUUAUUAACGUCUUAAUAAUACGUGUUUAUACACGUCUACAGCCUUUUUACUGUGGACAGAGCCUCGGGUGUUUUGUGAAAACUUUAAUACAUGCCGAAUAUUUCACCUUUUGAAACAGAUGCAUUUAAAUAUUUUGUCUAUUUCUCUAAAGAAUAAACCCAUUUCACUCCCAGUACGUUAAUGAAUUAUAUAUUUAUUACAAUAUAAAUAAUGUCGCUCUCUGAAAUGAAUGAACGUUAUAUUUAUGACAAUAUAAAACUGAAAUUCCAAAGACAGAAAAUCGUGAAAUUGUCUGUUCUUUACCCUAAUGAAGUACCCUUUCUUUUUAACGAUGUAUAAACCUAGUUUUUAGACUAAGUUUUCGAUAUUGAUUGGUGUCAAAACCAUACUACGGUUCUCUUGUAAUAUAAUGCUGUAUAAUAUGCAUCACAAUUUUAUUAAUGUCACAAUAGUAUAGAUUUUAUACAAAAAAAAAUUGAUAGGACUUAAGAAUUUGCAAUCAUUUAAUAUUUUACAUGAGUUUUAUAGAAAAUUUUAUUCUUUAAGUUGUACAUUUAAUUUAACUAUCUAUAUUUUGCGUAAUUAUAACGAAAUUUUUAUUAUACAAAUAUUUUUGCUCAAAUACCUGCAAUCAUUGAUUCGACGUUAAGACUCAAAUAAGUAUUUUAACAUGGAAUACGUUUGUAGGUGUGAAUAAAGUCAAUUGUGUAAUUGUAAAUGUACCUAAAUGUAAUAAUUGUGAAGUGUACGUACAACAUGAAACAAAUACCUUGUCCGAUCAGGAAAGGAAGUGCAUGAGUGACAAGUAAAAUUAUAUAAUAAUACAAAUUAUUACGAAAUUUAAAUAAUAAUCUUGUGAGAAACCGAUAAUUAUAACCUUAACAACCUAAGCAUGACCUUCACGUAUCUGGAAGAGAUUUUGUUGCAAUGUAUUGUACAUAUUAAUGGUAACAAUUCACAACAAUUGACUUCAAAGAAUUUGAAUCCAAAGUGGAUCUAGGAUUCUGACGAAAGGCCUUGGAAAUAAAGAUAUAUUUUGUAUUAUAUUAUGUAUAAUUAUCAUAAGAUUUAAAACAUGGCUCCAAAUAUAAUAUCGAUCGGUCGAUACAUUUCACCUUUAAAACGAAAACCCUACCAAACAAAAAAGUGUCUUAUCAAAAGCUGUAUCUGUUAAAAAGAAAAAUCUUGUUAUUUAACCUCUAUCGAAAUUCUAUCGGGUACCAAGAGAGAGAAAGUAAGAUGUAUAUUUUAUUAAACAUUGUUCGACAUAGUAACUUGUUUAUGCAUUUGCAAUUGUCUAGCUAGUGCUCGUAUUACGAUUUCCGGUGCUUUGCAUUUUCAGUAUAUCGUGGCCUUCUAAGCUUUAACAGAUAUCAUAUUUGCUUAAAAUAUAUAUUUUUUAGACUAGCAAUUAAUUAUACCUUUCAUGUAAUUCACGUGUAGUAAUAAUAAAAAGUAUUAUUAUAUGUUGUUGAUGUUGUUAUAACUUAUGUAAAAGCCUAAAAGUUUAACCGUCGUCGAUAGUGAAUGUUAAAAUAUAUUCGGUUUUUUAAGUGCACAUUAACAUAUGUUCAAAGUAAAAAUAACAACAAAAUAAAAUUAAAACAAUAAAAUUUAUUGGCCAUAUGACCUGAAAAUAUAACGUUUCUGAACAAGUUUUCAUUAAAAACUUCGGUCGCUUAUAUGUUACAUUGGAGGGCAAGACCAAUUGAUUGUUACAUUGGAUUUUAAUGAACUAUUAUUAUAUUAUUAUCACCAAAUUAGAGAUAAUCACAUAUAUCUAGUCUUCAUAAUUGGUUUUUAUUGUAAAAUAAUUCAAGAAAGUUGAUAUAAACUUUCUAUGAACUUUAUCUACUUUGGUGAGUAUAAUUUCUUUUUAAAAUUUGUUGUUAGUGCAUUUAAGGUGUAUUAAAAGGGUGAGCGAUUAAAUUUUAGGGCACGUAAAUAAAUGGCGAAUUUGUGGUUAUUCUUUAAAUUAUUCGAUUAUCUGGUUGCUAAUACAGGGUGUUUGUUAUCGAAAUGUCGUAGCUAAUAUCUCACCGAAACUGCUAAUUUAAGGAAUUUUUAAAAGCAUCCAUACCCUCUACUAAAUAAAAAGAUCCACAUUCAGCGAGGGACAAAGAUAGAAGACAACGGAGGAGGCCUACGGCCUGGGAAGGAUAUAAAGCCUCGUAUUUUUUUUUACCGUGGAUAUAUGUAUAUGCACCUUACUGAUCAUAAGUAAUGUAUAUAAAAAAAUGUAUUUGUAAUUAUGGUUACAAAUACUAGUGAGAUUUUUAGCUGGGACUUGACAGACGCCUCGUUAAUGCGCACAAAAAUAUGUAUUAUAAGUAAUAUUUAAAUGUGGAUUAGGUGAUAAUGGGCGCAAUAAACAUACACAUUAUGUAGCUGCAGUAUUCUUUACACUUUCUAUAGUAAGUAGGUAAUUUCGAUUCACGCACACUUUUUAACAUAUUUAAAAUUUUACAAUGCAUUUUAGGUUAGAGAAAAAAGUGUAUUUACUGUUCUUCAUAAUGACUAUAAUGUAAAGUUAAUUCCUUUCAUAAUACUAAAUUUAGGCUGAUAAGCAUACACUUAAUGUUUUGGUAUAAAAAAUAGAUAGAUGCAUUUAAGUUAACUAAAAGUUAGCCUAAAUCUUAAGUUUGUUAUUCCACCGUGUACUUACCUUCGUGUUAUUCUUACUAUACCAUGAUGCAUUAAUAUUGUACGUUUCCUAUGUAUAUUUAAUAGAAUGUGUAUUACUAAGUAUAUUAUUACAAAGAAAUCUUCCCUAAAGUUAUGUAAUGUAUGUGGACUGUUUCUCUCUAUUGUACCAUUAAUCUUGAAAGUUGUCUUCUAUUGAUAUAGUUUCUAAGAGGACAAAUUACUAUACUUCUCAUCACAAAGCGAAAAGUCUGCAAUUAAACAUUGUAAAUAUUAUCCUGUUAAAUAGUGUUAAACAAAAGUGCUUCAAACGGACUCGCAAAAGUAUUACCAAAUCUUUUUAAAUAGACGCAUUUUAAUGUCUUAGUUAAUAAGUAAAUGGAAUUUUAUUGUAAGAGACAUAUAAUAGUGUAAAAGAUAAUGUAGUAAAAUACAGAUAGAUGUAUUUUAAGGCCGGGGCAUGCCGAAUGUAUGAAGAAGCCAAAGGUGGCGUUAUAAAAUACGACGCUCGUUUUAAGAUGUCACAUCGGGCAUGCAUGCACUACAAGACACCCUGUAGAUGUCUUGUAAAACGCGUUGCAUAUUGAAAGGGGACUCGGUUUCUGAUUCUCGUUCCAAAUAAUAAGAAAAAAUUAGGUGUGAUAAUUUUGCCUAAUUAUCCAACUAGCGAAUCUUCCUGACAAAACGACUCGAGCACGUGCCCUUCGAGACGUGAUGCAAGACGCAUCUGUCCGCUCAUUGGUCCGCUCUCAUUUUUUGUCAUGUCAUUUUGUCAGCCUCGGCCGUUAUUUCUAACCUUUUCUGAUCACUGUCACGCUGUGUAGAAUUAUUACCACUUUCUCCAUAGAUUAUAAACUCCCCUAUUUUCUCUGUCUGUAUGUAUGCACUAAUCUUGGAAAGUUUUGGACGGAUUUUGUUCCUGUUUGAAAUGUGGAUUAUCUGAGAAAGGUUUAUAUAUCUAUAAAUGCGAAGCCGGCGCUAGUUCUUAGUAUAAAUUUACAAUAUGACGAGGUGCCGUGUUUUGCAAUCCUAUAGACACAGUGUAAACAUGUUUUAAAAUAAUCAAUUGAAAAAUGUAUUUGGCAUUAAAAUAAAAAAUUUAAAAGCUCACGACAAUUUCGUCUUUGAGAAGCCCACGUUGCGUUUUUACCGGUAUGUGCUUUAUACAGGUAGGUGCGAGUAAGACGACGAAAGUCUCCAAGUGUGGGGGUAUAUUAUUGUAAUUCUCAGGUCCUGUUAUUUAAUAUUGGAAGUUAUGGCAAAUUAAUGUAAUCGGACAUUUUGUGACGGUGAUGGUGACUCGGACUAUCUUGGUCCCAUUUCCAUGAACAAUAGCUAAGAACUCUGCUGACUAAUUCACCUUUCCAACAAACAAAAUUGGUUCAUCCGGUCUGGAGCUACGAUGCCACAGAUUGAUAAACACAUUCAGACGUUUCAAACUUCCUACACCCCGUCGUUUUUUCGUCAAGUGGUCAAAAAUACUUGUGUAGCGACAUUAAAUUAGGCAUACUGACUUUCUCCUUGAACGGGCCGAGGGUCUGGAAAGUCGUGUCUGAAUAAAACCACUUUUUUUGGCUGUUCAAGGCGUCGUGUGUUAUUGUCGUCUUAGUAAAGUUUUGAUUGUCCUUUUUUUCAUCAAUUUGUCAGUCAGUGGAGAGAUGUAGUCUCUGCCUACCCCUCCGGGAAAGAGGCGUGAUUUUAUGUAUGUAUGUCAGUCAGUUUUGUUCAUCUUAAAUGUCAACUCAAAGUGUCUGUAUAAAGUAGUUAAGAGGAAAUAAAUAUUAACCAUUUUUUUUGUAAAUCAAUAAAAAUAUUUGCUGUUAAAAUUUAUAAAAUAGUUUUUAAUAGCAUGACUUAUAAUUUUACCUACUUAAUUUUUGGUUUUUAUUUAUUUCGGGGUACGUUUUUAUAAUGUAUAUAUCAUAAUCUAUUACCUAUGUACCUAUCUUUUAUUUGUAUCAGAACUAUUUUGAAUUUUUGACAGUAGAUAAAUAUGUUACAUAUGUAUAGAUCAAUAGAUUUUAAUAUAGAUUAUUAAUUUUAUUGUGUACCUAUGUGGAUUAUGACUUUAUUUUUAAUUUCGGAAUUUCAUGCAAAUAUGUUUAAUGUACAGUAUCUGAA